CCGACCACGGCUAAACCACAUCCGCCUUUUCGCUAUCGAUCGCCCCUCGAAAAAUUUCGGGGUCGUGUAUAUCGAUAGCAAAUCACCCCACCACAUCUCUCUUUCUCUCUUACUCCUCCCCAUUUCUUUUCUUUGUUUGUUCUGUCUGUCUCUUCAUCCCCUCCUUCCCGCAUUGUCCUUUUCGCCCAUUGGACUCCCCGUCAGACAUCUUCACAAUCCCUGAAUCCGGUUCGGAUGUCAUCCUGCAUAUCCAUCCCAGUCUAGCCCGAUUUCGCUGCAAUCGCACCUGACGCAUGAUUCCGUCGCAACCCCUCCCACUCGCCGAAGAGUGGACGGAUCCGGAUGCCUACGUCGAGGCCCUCCUGUCUUUCGCCAAUUCUUCCGCCAUCUUCAGGCAUCUUUGCGGCGGUGUACACAUCCUCGAUUUCCUGACCCGAGAACCUGACCUGUAUACCUCGCUGUUGCCGGAACACUGGAGGACCUUUUUCGACCAGCAUGAUAUUCAAGACAUUCUGGACCUGCUUCUGCGGGAUGACAUCCGGCCUCUGUUAGACCAGAGUCGGGAGGCUGCUGCGCGUGGCGGCGAGUCAACCGCACAGUGGCGCGGGGCGCCUCUGCCUCCCUUGGACCUAUUGGAGUAUAUCCAUCAGAUCCGUCGACUGAGUCUGGGGCGGGAUUUCACCCCCGCGCAGCCCGGAACGCCGACGAUCCCGAGGAAGAUCGCGGUUGGCAUGAAUGUCAAGAAGUAUCACGAGGUCGCGCACUUUUCGAAAUACGUCGAUUCGCUCUGUGACACGGUGAAUGAACAACGGGGCGAUCCCAUUACACACAUUGUCGAUUUCGGUUCGGGCCAGAGCUACCUCGGACGGACGCUGGCGUGUGCUCCCUACAACAGACACAUCGUUGCCAUUGAGCGGAAGCAUCAAUUCAUCAGCGGCGCGAAGGGGAUGGAUAUUCAUGCGAAGCUGCAGGAGAAGAAACGCGUCAACAUGUACAAUAAGAAAUUGGUCAACUGCAAGACUUGUGCAGAACCGGAUGCGCCUGCAGAGACGGAUGCCGAUCGUCAGGAAUCCGCCAAUCUGAAGGCGGAUGCUACAGAGGGCCCAAGCGAUGCGGCAGGUGGUGAAGAGGAUAUGGCCAUGAUCAACGUCUUCCGUGAUAUCAGUCUCGCACCUGGCGAGAUUGGGUUCGCUCCCUACCGCAAUGCCCCGAAAACUGCCACCGAAGAGGAAGUCGAUCCGGAGAAACCUCGAGGUAAAAUGGACUACAUUGAGCAUGAGAUCAAGGACGGUUACCUCGAGCCCAUUAUCAAAGACGUCAUCGAGACUGAGCCUGUCGAAGGGGAGACUGAAGCUCAAGGCGGAUCAAAGGAUGCUAACGUCAUGGUCAUCUCUUUACAUUCUUGUGGCAACCUUCUCCAUCACGGAGUACGGUCUCUGACCCUGAAUCCCUCCGUUAAAGCCAUUGCUAUGAUCGGAUGUUGCUACAAUCUGGUCACUGAGAGACUGGGUCCUGCUACCUACAAGCUUCCCAUUCUCCGCUCGAUGCAUCCCCGUCUGACCAAGGAUGCAGUUGCAUACGACCCUCAUGGCUUCCCGAUGUCGAAGCGCUUCGAGGGUUACGAACAUGAAAGUGGAACGGGCAUGAAGCUCAACAUCACCGCCCGCUCCAUGUCCUUACAGGCCCCGUACAACUGGAGCAAGAAAGACAGCGAAGAUUUCUUCACCCGCCACUUCUAUCGGAGUCUGCUUCAGCGCAUGCUUGUGGAUCGCAAGGUAGUUGCGAAGCCCAAGAACCCAGACAAUUCAGACAAUCUGUACGAUGAAUCCACGGAACCUGAAGAUGCCGGAAACCCUCUGAUUGUAGGGUCCCUGCGGAAAUCGGCCUUUGUUUCCUUCUCCGCGUAUGCCAAUGCUGCAGUGACGAAGCUGGGUCGCGACCCGAACUUCGGCGAGAAGGUCAAGGCAGGCAUGGCAGAUUUGACCGAGGAAGAUUUCGAUCGUUACGUGAAGGAUUACUGGUAUGCGAAAAAGAACCUGAGCGUGGUCUGGAGCUUGAUGGCUUUCAGUGCUGCUCUGGUUGAGGCCAUCAUUGUCGUUGACAGAUGGCAAUUCCUGCGGGAACACGACUCCGUGAAGGAGUGCUGGGUUGAGCCGGUGUUUGAGUACAAGGAGAGUCCGAGAAACUUGGCAGUCAUUGGAAUCAAGAAGUAAGCCAAGUUUGCUAUGGUUUUUGAAUAUGGCCUAUCAGUUCGCCUACGCUUCCGGAACUCCCUGAUUUACAGAUAGCUGUGGCUGUCUAGGCUGCGGGUCUCCGGGUGGUGAUUGAAGUUGUCCGAACGAAAACACCGACCCGAUACGGGUCUACUGAGAUAUGCCCGGAGGAGGGGAAAAGAGAGGAUAGGCCUACCGGCCU